AUGCAAUUCAAGACCGUCGCCAUUGCUUUGACCGCUGUUACCGUCGCCUCGGCCGCCGCCAACGGCACUAACGCCACCACCAACGGUACCAACGGUACCGGCGACAAGGAAUCCAACGCCAUUGGCUCCGCUGCCAACGUUGUUGCCGUCGCCGCUGCCGCUGGUAUUGCCAUGCUUUUCCUGGUACCAUCAAGAAAACCUAGCGGUGCCAAGGUGGGUUUACGAACGUGUCCGCCCAGACAUCCGAAGGGCCUCAACGUCGACGCCGAACCUUGGAAUAUUUACUGGUAG